UUAUAGUUCAAGCGUCUCAAACAAAACAUAUAGCUUUAUUUUGAGAGAAGCUAGGUUCACUACGGUGUUUGCUCUCUCGUACACAUUAUAAACACGACCAGAGGAAGCUGGCCGGCUUGGGCGAGCUCACUAAGCAUGGCAGACGACGUUCUCUUCGAGUUUCUUCACAUGGAGAUCAUGUCUUAUGUUUACAAGGAGCCCAGAAUGCGGGACGAUCCUGAUACGGAGAGAGUGACAGGUUUAUCCAUACUAGAAGGAAUGGGCUUCAGAGUGGGACAAGGCCUAACAGACAGGUUUACAAAAGACUACCCCACCUUCAAAGAUGAACUGGAUAUUAUGAAAUUCCUCUGUAAAGAUUUCUGGUCCAGUAUCUUCAGAAAGCAAAUUGACAACUUGAGGACCAACCACCAGGGUACAUAUGUUUUACAGGAUAACACAUUUGCACUGUUAACUCAAAUCUCCAGUGGAAAGCAGCACCUUGAAGAGGCUCCUAAAUAUUUGGCAUUCCCCUGUGGCUUGUUGAGGGGAGCUUUGUCCAGUCUGGGCUUGGAGAGUUUGGUGUCUGCUGAGGUUGCUUUGAUGCCCUCAAGCAAAUUUCAGGUUGUAAUUCAGAAAACCUAAAAUGGACAGAAACACACAUCGACAGCUUUUGGUGUUUUUCCUCCAGGUCAAAAUAAAAUGAAUGUAAAUGUACAAUAGGUCCGGAGCGUUCACAAAAGAGAGUGUGGUUACAGCGUAUAUUUUUGAAAAAGUCAUGUUUGUCAUUUUUCAAUUUUGCAGACAAUGUGACACACCAGUUUGUUACACAUACACUUUGAUGCUUACACUGACGAGGCUGGGGUGGACUAGUAAAAUCUGUAGCAAAAAAGGAAAAAAGACUAAGUAGACCUUCAAGUGAAAGUAAUAUGUGAUGAUCACAAAACGUUUCUUCAAAUUUAGCUCACCAUUUGAUUUCAGACAAUCAGCAGAAACUCCACUCUUCAGAUAGCCUUUACUGAGAUACAAAGUAAAGCUUUUGGUUGUUGUUAUUACCUCUAGCAUAUUUGCCAAAUUAAAAGUCUUGUGUUUUCUGCACAUGCUGCUCAACUCAUCCUGUGUUCUUUGGAUUUCAUGCUGUGUGGAAGUGAGGCAGUGACAGCGGAACACAAAUGUUUGCCAAAUUGUUUGAAGUUUACUCCUCUACCUCCAUUCUACACAAUUUGCUGCCAAAAACAGAGAUUUUAAAUGAGUGAAAACUGUGCACUUUAUACUGUAGGAGGGAAAAACAAUGAGAAAUAUUUUCAUUACACUCUUCUCCAGUGCCAUUCUUUAUUGUUUUGUUUUUAUAUGUGUAAGCGUUGCUGGUUCAGAAGCAAGUCUGGUGAUUAUUAAAACAAGUAGAGCCUUAUGUUAUAACUGAUUAUAACUGCUGUGUAGACAAUACAACAACUGCACUGUAGCAUUUAUCUCUUUGGCAGGGCUAAUUAUUUUUGGUUCUCUGAUACUUCAGCAGAUCCAGUACAUGGUAGAGAGGCUCUCGUGAAUGUGGAUCAGAGCUCUCUGCCAGCUGAGCCUGUUCACAUCAUCCCUAGAGGACCAAAAAACUUUAGGAAUUAAGUAAAUGAGAAUUUGGAUGUUAAUGGUCAUAAAUAUCUUAGAUUCUCAAGUCUACCCUAUUCUUCCUCUCUGUUCUUUGGCCAAUGUUAGCUAAACUACGGUCAUACUGAUUUAUUACUACCAUGAGAUUUGUUUGUUUUUGUGACAACCUUUUGAUAUUAUAAGAAACAAACAACUACAAGGACUAGGCUCGACAGCUAAAGCAUACACACAUACAAAUAAAAAAACACCCUUGUUCAGACUCUUUGAAGAUCAAUUUUCUUUGCUAUAAACAAUUGUUUUCAGCCAGAGAUUGAGCUGUGAUCCUUCUCUGUCUGCUAAUGCCUUUUUAAACUGCUUGGGGUCAUUUGUUGUUUCUACUCUUUUUAAACUGCCUUUUUUAUUAUCUGGAUUUACUUUCUUGUAGUGUGAGCUUUUGGAAACACACAGAAAUGUGUAUUUGUUUAGCUAUAUUUUUGGCUGGACUAUAUCUGUCCUUGCUGGAAUACCUGAAUAAAAAGCUAUGCAAUUUC